CGUCACCAGCAAGUUUGCUGCCCUCGGCGUCCCACGUGUGGCGGCGGCAGCGGCGGCCCAGGAGGCAGCCGGUGAGCGCCUGCGAGCACAGUGGCGGGGGCCGCUGACAGGUCCCGCGCAGCCCAGCCCAGCCCAGCCACGCGGCUCACAGGUGGGGUUCAAGAGCAGUUUGGAGCAACCCGGCGCUACGGAGAGGGGUGGACGGCUCUGCACGGGCCUCCUGUCUCCCGCUCGGGCAGAAGGACUCGGGGGGACCUCGCUCCUUGGCCGAGAGAACCUGAACUCGGGCGGAGAGAACGCGCCCAGGCGGGCAAGGGGACCAGAAAAAGCCGGGGCUGGAGGUCACUGUCGCUUGCCACUGUCUGGAGCGCACGGAGCGCAGAGGCCCGGCAGCCGCGCGUGCCCUCACGGGGACCGAACCAGUGAUGCAGGAUCGCUGAGCGGAGAUCCGCGCCGAGAAGUCUCUCGGGGCCAGGGCUGAGACGCACGCCUUCGACACCGCUGCCAAGACCCCGAUUCCAGCGACUCUUGCGGGGAACCGAGGGGCCAAGGCUGCCCCAAGCUCAGGACUUGGGCGAGUCUAAGACGAUGGUUUCUUAAGCACGGACCCGCGUUCCUCUUCCCGCCCCCUCGACUGGAGGCAGGGAUCCUGCGCGGGGCCCCCGGGAUUCCGUUUCCCCGCGGAGCCCCGGCCGCUGCCUCCCGGGACAGUUCGCACGGCCACGGGGGCGCACGGCGACGUGGCCUCCGUCCAGCGCGCUGGCCCGCCGGGGGGAUGCUCUGGCACCUGUCGGGGUCCAGGCCUAGCAUGGCCGGCGCGUUGCCCGACGUCGCCUCCGGCUAGGAUGGCCCCUCCGGGCCCGGCCGGUGCCCUCUCCACCUCGGCCGAGCCGCUGUCCCGCAGCAUCUUCCGGAAGUUCUUGCUGAUGCUCUGCUCCCUGCUCACGUCCCUUUACGUCUUCUACUGCCUGGCCGAGCGCUGCCAGACCCUGUCCGGCCCCGUCGUGGGGCUGUCCGGCGGCGGCGAGGAGGCGGGGGCCCCUGGUGGCGGCGUCCUGGCCGGAGGCCCGAGGGAGCUGGCGGUGUGGCCGGCGGCGGCACAGAGAAAGCGCCUCCUGCAACUGCCGCAGUGGCGGAGGCGCCGGCCGCCCGCGCCCCGCGACGACGGCGAGGAGGCGGCCUGGGAAGAGGAGUCCCCUAGCCUGGCAGGGGGUCCGGGCGGCUCCGGGGCCGGAAGCACCGUGGCCGAGGCCCUGCCGGGGACCCUGGCGCUGCUCCUGGACGAAGGCAGCAAGCAGCUGCCGCAGGCCAUCAUCAUCGGAGUGAAGAAGGGCGGCACGCGGGCGCUGCUGGAGUUCCUGCGCGUGCACCCCGACGUGCGCGCCGUGGGCGCCGAGCCCCACUUCUUCGACCGCAGCUACGACAAGGGCCUCGCCUGGUACCGAAAUGAGUAUUUGAGGGCACAGUGUAUCUGCAGACCUGGAUCUUAUUUUCCGUGGACCUUUCUGAGCUCCUGUAAGGGGAGGAAGGUUUCAAGGGACCUGAUGCCCAGAACCCUGGACGGGCAGAUCACCAUGGAGAAGACGCCCAGUUACUUCGUCACGCGGGAGGCCCCCGCGCGCAUCUCGGCCAUGUCCAAGGACACCAAGCUCAUCGUGGUGGUGCGGGACCCGGUGACCAGGGCCAUCUCGGACUACACGCAGACGCUGUCCAAGCGGCCCGACAUCCCCACCUUCGAGAGCUUGACAUUCAAAAACAGGACAGCGGGCCUCAUCGACACGUCGUGGAGCGCCAUCCAGAUCGGCAUCUACGCCAAGCACCUGGAGCACUGGCUGCACCACUUCCCCAUCCGCCAGAUGCUCUUCGUGAGCGGCGAGCGGCUCAUCAGCGACCCGGCCGGGGAACUGGGCCGCGUGCAGGACUUCCUGGGCCUCAAGAGGAUCAUCACGGACAAGCACUUCUACUUCAACAAGACAAAGGGCUUCCCCUGCCUGAAGAAGGCGGAGGGCAGCAGCCGGCCUCAUUGCCUGGGCAAGACAAAGGGCAGGACCCAUCCUGAGAUCGACCGCGAGGUGGUGCGCAGGCUGCGCGAGUUCUACCGGCCGUUCAACCUCAAGUUCUACCAGAUGACCGGGCACGACUUUGGCUGGGAUGGAUAACCAUAUAAUUUAAAAAGAAAAAAAAAAAUCAAAAUAUAAUAUAUUUUUUUACCAAUCGGUAGAGAAGAGACAGUUUAAUAUUUGUGCUGAAAAUAUGUUUCAGUAUUUUUUUCAAUGAAUGUUAAGAGAUUGUUCUCACUCCCGCCCCAUCUUAAUGUAUAACCAACACCAAACACGUGGAUCAACAGAAAAGGAAAAUUUCACUCGUCUAAACCUUUCAAUUUUCAGUUUUUAUUCUAUGUUCUAUAUACCCAGUCAUAAAGUAUAAGCAUCAGUUGUCAUUAAAAGUUUUCAGAAAAUCUUGAGGUUAAACAUCUCUCUGUUUUUUUAAAAUACAAGGCCCUGAUAAAAUUGUUAUCUAUCCUUAUAUUUUUCUCCCUUUUUCCUGUGCGACUUUUUCUGAAAUUAUUUCCCAGUUAGUAUUAUUAUAUGUUUGUACCCGUCACAGUUUUCAUAGUGCUUUCAAAUACACCUUUUUGAUCAUUAAAAUAAAAAAAUAAAUCUUGCUCUGUUGUAUAAGAGCACAAUAGGUAAAUAUUAUUAUCCCCAUUUUACAGAAAGGAAAACUGAGUCUUUGGGAGGUGAAAUAAUGUAUCUAAAGGUGAAAUGAUGGAUGGACCCUGGACAAAAUUCCAUCUUCCACUUGUUCCCUAUUUCAUGUCACUUUUUCCAGGGAGAAUGGAAAAGAAGACAUCUGCACCUUUAGAAAUGAUUAGGUAGUUUUCAGAUGAUAUGAAAAGGGACAGAGAGCCCCUUGUUUUCUAAAUUCCCAGGCUACCCCUCAUGCCACCCAGUCUCAUUACAUAGUUGUGUCCAAAAAACCACUCAGACCUGGACACAACCUCUCUUAAGAGCCAAUCUUGCCUCUUGGCUAUUUAAAGUACACUGAGAUAUGGAAAUCUUGAGUGAUGAAUGCUUGAUUGAAUUGGAGAGGAAUUAUUGGAUUCUUGCAUGGAGGACAAGGUGGCCAGCCACACUAGGGGUAGCACAAGAUGUGUUAGGAACGUAACUUACCCACUUGUUGAUUUAACUGACUUUAAAAAAAAAAAGAAACAGAUUUCAGUUAGCGUUUACAGGUAUGAGUCUCAUUUGUUUUUUAGUUUACCUCUUUUUAAAGAGAGAAAACCUACCUUUCUUUGUAAUAUCUCACUUCUAACUUUGGAGCUAGUACUCUGAAAGAAUUAAUUAGCAAUUGGUUUACAAUGUUUUUAUUUUUCAUGGAUGGAAGACUAUCACUUUGUCACUUUAUUCCCCCCUCCCACUUCCUAUUUAUACCAUUUAUAACCUAAUGUUCAGUAAUAUUUGGAAAAAUAUUCUAGGAAAUGCAUUUGUGGGUAAAAUGGUGGCUUUUCCUCUUCUCUCGUCUGUUUCUGCCCAUCCCCCAUUUAAAUCACUCAAAUAAAUCAAUAGUUUAUUAACAGUA